UGUUUCAUGAUGUAAAUUUUGCCUGACAAACGUUUUUAAAUAGCCCCAAAAAUAAUUCAAUAAAUAUAUCCAAAUUUUUAUUCCAAAUCGGUGCGAGUGGAAGGCGAAAUCCAUCGGGAUAAUGCCGGUUGCCGUGCGUCUUGUGGAAGCCUUGACCCUGAUCACCAUAAUGGGUCUGAUCACCUGCAUUGGCCUCAGCGUGAUCUUGGCUCAAAAAUCGCUCAGUUUGACGAUAACAUUCAUAGAGCCUGCAGCGAAUAUAGCAAAUAUGGCACUUAUUUUAACCGAAAAAGUCCUGGUGUCGUUAUUGCUUUGCGUUUUGCGUCUGACUAAUGUUGUGGGAAACGCUCUCCAAGCAGCUGGAAUCGCCUGAGGAUCGGUCUCUUUCGCUACUUUCAAUAUACCUCCACUAGCUUUCUGAUUAAUGUUCAACUUGUUUAUGCAUCGAAAUUCCAAAUAUAUUUUUCGCCUUA